GAGACAGACAGACAGACAGACAAACAGACAGGCACGCACAGUAGCUAAUGUCAGUGAACGCUUACUGAAAGCUCUAGCUGACACUGACCAUCCUGCUGUCUCAUCAUGCUUCUAAAAUCAUGCUGCAUUUACAGCACCGGAAUUUUUUCUAUGCUGUUUUUGUUCACUGGCAUUUCUUUGGUCUUGUCUAACGUGUUUCCACAUUUUGUGCAGUCGAUGGUUAAAAAGGAAGUAGUUUUGAAGAAUGACACAGAGGCAUUUGAGGCAUGGGAGAAUCCACCGGCACCUAUCUACAUGCAGUUUUACUUCUUUAAUCUGACCAAUCCCCUGGAGGUACUGGAUGGGGACAGGCCCGCAGUGGUGGAGAUUGGACCAUAUACGUACAGGGAGUACCGGCCGAUGGAGCAGGUAAACUUCCAGGAUAAUGGCACUAAAGUAACAGCUGUCAACACUAAAACCUACAUAUUCCAGCGUAACAUGUCAAGAGGUCCCGAGAGUGACCUAAUCAGGACAGUCAACAUCCCUGCUAUGACGGUGAUGGAGAGAUUCAAGGACGAGUCUAUCGUGGCCAAUCUGAUCGCCUCCUACAUGAAGGCCACUGCGGUAGGCCUGUUCACCACCCGCACAGUUGGAGAGCUGCUGUGGGGAUAUGAAGAUGCCCUGCUCAAGGCCCUCCAAACUUUAAAACCUGAGCUGGAUGAUGUUUUCGGACUCUUCUAUAAGAGCAAUGCAUCCAAUGAUGGUGAAUAUGUAUUUUUCACUGGCCAGCAAAACUACGAGGACUUUGCUAGAGUGGAUACAUGGAACGGCGAAAGCUCGCUGAAUUGGUGGACAUCUGAUGAGUGCAACAUGAUUAAUGGAACCAACGGAGCAUCUUUCCAUCCUAUCAUCAGCAAGAAUGAAGUGCUCUACAUGUUCUCCUCUGACCUGUGCCGGUCUCUGUACGCUUUGUAUGAGGAGGAUGUGACAGUGAAGGGGAUCCCUGGGUAUCGCUUUGUUCCCCCCAGUGAGGUGUUUGCAAAUCUGACCGUGAACCCAGCAAACGCAGGCUUCUGUGUCCCUGCUGGAAAUUGCCUGGGCUCUGGCGUGCUGAAUGUCAGCGCAUGUAAACAAGGAGCUCCCAUCAUAAUGUCUUCACCACACUUCUACCAAGCAGAUGAGAAAUUUGUUGAGGAUAUAUUUGGCAUGAAUCCUGACAAGGAGCAGCAUGAGACUACAAUUGAUAUAAAUCCGCUAACAGGAAUCAUUCUGCAAGCAGCAAAGCGGCUCCAGGUCAACGUGUAUGUAGAGAAAAUUCCCACCUUCAGUCAAACAGGAAACGUGAGGACAGUGGUUUUUCCUGUGGUGUACUUAAAUGAGAGCGUCGUCAUCGACGACACGUCGGUCAUGAAGCUGCAUGUGAUUGCUGUCGAGCAGAAUGUCGUGGAGAACAUUCCGUUCAUGCUGAUUGGUCUCGGCAUCGUCCUGGGAGGAAUCUUCAUGUUCCUGAUGUGUCGACAGAAGGUCCCUGAGAGUACUGCUGCUGAACGACAGCCCCUGCUCUCAACAUAGCACCAAACAGAAUGUGAAAAGAAGACUUAUAAACCAGAAUUUCAAGGGUUCAAUGGAUCUGCAGUUUUUACCAUUAACUCCUGAGUAACAGUUUCACAGUUUCCAUUGUUUACUAAAAUUCCACUUUUUAAGAUGGUUUUUAAUCUCAUGGUUUUAGGAAACAAAGUGAAGUGAAAUCUUUGUGUUAUUUGUUACAGGGUUGGGACUAAUGUCUUCCUCUCAAGUCAGUUGGAAUGAUGCCAAAACCCCCUUUUUUAAAAUUAAAUCUUAAAUUGCAGAGUCAGCUCAGACCUAAUCAAAAGAUGUAUGUGAAUAAGUAGUUCACGGCCAAUAGGUGGGAUUUUGAGUAGUCUGGUGAGCUUGUUGAGGCGGCAGUAAUAAGAAAUGCAAGAGAAAUGUCUUUCCUCUUUCACAAUUUUGUAUUUUCAAGGCAUAAGCAAAGUGAAAAACCAAGUCAACGUAUGCAAAAAUACUGAUAGCAGAAUGUUUGAUUCUUAACAUGAUGAAUAUUAUUUCUUCUCUCAGACAGUGGUUCUCUGUCAUUUUGAAAUGAGAACUAAGGAUUUGAAUGUUUAGAGAACCUUUAAUCUGAUGCUUUUUUGUUUGGACUUAUCGCACAUUCUCUUGAGGUGUCCUGAGCUCUGAAUCGCUCUUGAACUGGAUCAGCUUAAUUUCAAAAUCAUGUACUCUGUUGUAGCUUUCAGUGGAAACACAGUCAUCUACAGUACGUGUAAACAGUAGGAGGCGGAAUAGCAGUCAAACAGUAUUACUUCAACAGUAGCAGUAUAAAGGGAAGGUUGUUUGCCAGGUGUGGAAGUCUUCUUUUAUGAUGCCGUAGUUUCUCUCCCCUAAUUCCAAUAUGUUGGCAUGAAUAUGUGAUGUUUAAUUUCUACUGAUAUUAUGCUAAAAUCAGUGUAUAAACGGCUUCAUGCUGGAGACACUACUGAUAAAUACUUGCCAAAUAUAAUGUUGUUCGUUUUUAACCACUAGGGGUGGUCUGUGAUUUUUAUGGUUAAAUUCUGAACUUCUAAACAGAAUUUUAUCAGAUUGUUACGACUUUGUUUAAAGUUUGCAGGAAAAAAAUGUUGUUUUUGGACUAUAGCUGUUUGGAUCACUCAUUCCUAAAAUAUAAUGGAUUUUCUGUCCAGCACUACACUGAAUGUCAUUAUUUGUCUUUUUAUUACAUGUGUUUCAGAAACAUCACUGACAAGCUGUCUUGUGUUAAUGUUGUUGUGGAGUUGGUUUUAUAUGUAAAAUCAAUAUGUAAUCACUGUUUACAUACUCUUAAUAGGUCACGAAUCUAACAAUUUGCACAUUGUCAAUUCAUCUGCUAAAAUUUUAAUAAAC